AUGUCUAUGAUUAACGAUAUUAUUGCUCAGUUGAACAACAGGUUUUCCAUGAAGCAUCUUGGACUUGCCAACAGCUUUCUCGGACUCCAAAUCAAAACGGGACAUAAUUUCUACUUUCUAUCACAAACCAACUAUGCUGCAUCUAUUCUCAAGCUGGCUGGCAUGGAAAACACAAAAACACUGUCUAAUCAGUUGUGCACAAAGGUGCCUGAACCGCUUCCAAUUACUGAACUCCUCACCGUUCUGAAAGCUUACAGGCAAAUCACGAGAUCAUUGCAAUAUCUCACAUUAACAAGGCCAUACAUUUCCUAUGCAGUUAAUCUAUUGUGUCAAAACAUGCACAAUCCUUCCUCUCAUCAUUUCUAUUUACUUUAUCGUCUAUUAAGAUAUAUCUAUGACACACUAUCUUUCGAUAUUCCUAUCGUGCCAGGUAAACUAGAGCUAAAAUAUUUCUCGGAUGCGGAUUGGGCAGGAGAUAAGGAGACAAGAAAAUCAACAUCCGGUUACUGCACAUUCUUGGGCCAAACUCUUAUCUUCUGGAUGGUUAAGAAACAACAUACAGUUGCCCGGUCUUCAACCGAAGCUGAGUACCAAGCUCUCGCACUGGCUCUCACUCACAUCAUCUGGUUGAGAAGACAACUGUUGGACUUCAAUAUACCACUUCACUCUCCCACAACUCUACAUUGCAACAGCAUGUCAGCUAUAGCACUGGCUAAUAAUCCAGUCUUUCAUGCGCGAAUAAAGCAUAUUGAAAUAGAUCAUCACUUCCUUCACGAUCAUAUUCAGCAGCAAACUAUCCAAAUCUACCCGGUCUCUACCAAAGAUCAAAUUGCUAACGUUCUUACCAAAUCGCUCUCAACAAACUGCUAUGAACUGCUUCGUGACAAGCUUACUGUCAUUGAAAGUACUCCAUUAGCUUGUGAGGGCAUAAUAAAGGAUACCUGCAAAUCUAUGUAG